GGUGUACGUGCUGGCUGGCAUACUUGUUCUGACAGACUGGUUCUUCCCAUCACACUUCACACAACCAACCACCCUUUUGCCACCUCUCUCUCUCUAUUUGACUGUUCCUCUCUUCUUCCUUCUUUCGUCUUCAUCUCUCUUUGAUUUCAACACUCCUCACACACAUACACAUACACUUCAACUAUACUCUUCUCUAUAUUUUUAUUCUUUUCAAUUCAGUUUUGAUUUUCUCGAUCACCCAUGGCUGAGGAACCACAGAAACCGGCUGAGGAAGUGGUGGCCGCCGUAGCUCAGCCUGAGACGGAGGCCCAGCCGGACAAACCUGUUCCUGAGACAGAUAAGGAGACACAGGCCGAUAAGGCAGAGGCGGCAGUGCCUGAGGCUGAGAAGAAGGAGGGCGAUGCUGUUGUAGUCACAGAGAAGGCAGUGGAAGGAGAAGCGGCGGAGUCGGAGGCGGAGAAGCCCGUUGAAGGGAAGAAUCAGAUAGCGCAAUCGGUGUCUUUCAAGGAGGAGAGCUACGUGGUUGGCGACCUCCCCGAAGCACAGAAGAAGGCUCUCGAUGACCUCAAGAACCUCAUUCAAGAAGCCCUCAAUAAGCACGAGCUCUCCUCUCCUCCUCCCCCUCCACCGCCAAAAGAAGAAGACAAGAAGAAAGAAGAGGCCGUUGCAGCUGCCGAAGAGAAGAAGGAAGAGGCAGAAGAGAAGAAGGACGAAGCUGCAGCAGCCGAGGAAGAGAAGAAGGAAGAGGUGGUAGCAGCUGAGGAGAAGAAGGAAGAGGUGGUAGCGGCAGCUGAUGAGAAGAAGGAGGAAGCUGCGGCAGCCGAGGAAGAGAAGAAGGAGGAAACUGCGGCAGCCGAGGAAGAGAAGAAGGAAGAGGUGGUAGCAGCAGCUGAGGAACCUAAAGUGGAAGAAAAAGCAGAAGCGGAAGUGAAGAAGGAGACGGUGGAGGUGGUGGAGAAAACAGAGGACGGUGCCAAGACGGUAGAAGCCAUAGAAGAGAGCGUAGUGUCAGUGAAAGUGGAGGAAGAAGGUCCUUCAAGUUCGGCAGUAGCCGUGGAGGAGGAGAAGAAGGAAGAAGCGGCAGCUCCUCCUCCGCCGCAAGCUCCAGAGGAAGUGUCGAUAUGGGGAAUCCCACUGCUGGCAGACGAGAGGAGUGACGUCAUCCUGCUCAAGUUCCUGAGAGCGAGGGACUUCAAGGUGAAGGACGCCUUCACGAUGAUCAAGAACACCGUCCGAUGGCGCAAGGAAUUCGGAAUCGAUUCCCUGAUCGAGGAAGAUCUCGGAAGCGAUUGGGACAAGGUGGUGUUCACUCAAGGGGUCGAUAAAGAAGGGCACCCGGUGUGCUACAACGUCUUCGGAGAAUUCGAGAACAAGGAGCUUUACCAGAAGACGUUCUCCGACGAGGAGAAGCGCCAGAAGUUCAUCAGGUGGAGGAUCCAGCUUCUGGAAAAGAGCGUCAGGAAGCUUGACUUCAGUCCGAGAGGGAUCUCCACCAUCGUGCAGGUCAACGAUCUCAAGAACUCACCUGGACAACUGAGCAAGAGGGAGCUCAGGCAGGCUACUAACCAGGCCCUCCAACUGCUUCAGGAUAACUACCCCGAGUUUGUUGCCAAGCAGGUGUUUAUCAAUGUGCCAUGGUGGUACCUUGCCUUUUCAAGGAUGAUAAGUGCUUUCUUGACCCAGAGGACCAAGAGCAAAUUUGUAUUUGCUGGACCAUCCAAGUCUGCUGAAACCCUUUUCAAGUACAUAGCCCCGGAGCAAGUGCCGGUUCAAUACGGUGGACUAAGCAGAGAGGGUGAGCAAGAAUUCAGUACCGCCGAUCCUGUUACAGAGAUUACAAUCAAACCCGCAACAAAGCACACCGUCGAGUUCUCAUUUGCUGAGAAGAGCCACCUUGUCUGGGAGCUUAGAGUUGUGGGUUGGGAUGUGAGCCACGGGGCUGAAUUUGCGCCCAGCGCCGAUGAUGGAUACACGGUGAUAGUACAGAAGAGCAGGAAAAUCGCCCCGGCGGAUGAAACAGUGAUUUGCAACAGCUUCAAAGUGGGUGAACCUGGCAAGGUCGUGCUCACCAUCGAUAACCAAACAUCCAAGAAGAAGAAACUCCUCUACAGGUCCAAGACCACACCCAUCUCUGAAUAGAGAGCUUAAUUUUCGAGGAAAGGUGCUGACCAGAAAAUGCUGCCUAGGUGGGUGUUUAUGCAUUUUCAUUUGAUGGAACAAAAUCAGGGUGCAACCUGGGGUCUGGGGGGGAUUAUUCUUUCGUACAGGGUUAUUUUGUUCAUUUGGUUUAUAUAAAUUUUAUAUAUUGUUGUGUCUGGGGUGGCCAAAUUUAUCUAUAGUUAGUUGCUCAUAGUAAUGUGAUAUCUAUCACUAUAUCUUGUUCAUGGGUUUUGGAAUUGGAUACAACCUGUUAAUGCAUCACCAACUGGAGAGAGGAAACAUAAUACACAAUUGGGGUUGGGGCUUGGGAGGGUUCAUUUGUUAAAGGAAAAAAGUUAGUGUAUGUAUGGACUCUCGGAGACAGAUUGUGUUGCUUUGUGAUACUAUUGUUUCUGUAAAGCUUGUUCAAAUGUGGUGGCAAUGGUGCUGUCUGUAUUACUUUAUUAUUCCGUAAAUAAUCAAAAUUUACUUCAUUGUUUGUUCA